AUACGGAAAAGCACUAGUCAACAACUGUUUGUAUAUGGGCUUCUAUAAACAUGCAUACGACGAUCAGGAAGAACCCAUAUCUAUAGGAUGACCCUGAAAUGGAUAGAUGAUAAGGACCCUUUCCUAGUGACACCCUUGAUUGUGAAAUGAUUGCAGCUUUUUUGCACGGCGUAAAGUAGGCCCUGGUAACGAGAGUAUACAUAGGUACUCUUCCAUUAUGGAUAUCCUUGCGCCCAUCAAUACAAAUAGUUCUUCCUGUGGUAUCAUGUUGCCUCAUGGCAUGGUAAUUGUAUUUACAGAAACUUCUUAACCCCUAUCAUGCACCGCACUGACAACGCGCCCCAAGAGUGCAGAAGUCAUCAGACCAUUGUAUAUUUACCUCCGCCAUUCGAUCUUUCUUUUGCCGAGGUGUGCCCUGUACCACAUUAUACGUUCUGCCCCGGUAUCGUACAUUCCCUUUUUUUCCAUCCGAUUUCAGUAUGGCGGAUUCAGAGAAUACAUCAAUCCCAAACAUCAUCCUCUUUGGAUCGACAGGCUCUGGCAAGAGCUCAAUCGUGAAUAUGAUCGCGGACUCCCCCGCAGAUCGUCCCAUUGCCAACAUGUCCAGCGGAGCUACUGGCUGCACAUUUAAAAGCGACAAAUAUCAAUGCAGGAUACUUGGAUCGUUGUUCAAUAUCUAUGAUACUGCAGGACUCGAUGAAGGAGGCACGGGCACUGUGCCGAGGGAGGAUGCCAUCGUUCAGCUUUACCAGCUUAUUCGUAAACUGGACACUGGUGUUAGUCUUCUCGUCUAUUGCAUGAGGGCACCAAGGAUUCAGGAUUCAGCCCACAAGAACUGGAAACUGUUCUACGAAGUAUUUUGCAGAGAGAAGGUUCCCAUUGUAAUCAUCAUCACGGGCCUGGAGCAUGAGGAUCCAAUGGAUGACUGGUGGGAUCGUAACAAGGGAGCCUUUCAGCGAAACGAGAUGCGCCCUUCGGGUUUUGCGUGCACUACCGCAACGAGGGGAAAGAGAAAGCAGUCGGGAAAGUAUCAAUUGGAGGAGGAAUACUCGGAGUCACAGGAGAAAGUAUGGAAGUUGAUCAAAUACAAUCAUCUCGAAGAGCCCUGGAAGGUCGAAAAGAUAGAGUGGUUCACGUAUAUGAUGAGAUGCCUGAAGAGACAUAAGGAGGCAGGGCCUCCAAUACAUCAGCUUGUGACGAGAUGUGAGAUGACAGAAGAAGAGGCAAUACAGCUGGCUAAUAAACUAAAAGAAUGAAACACAUAAUUGGGAUACCUGGUCCAGCUACAAACACGAGACGUCUUAUGUAUGCUUUUGCAUAGUUUUCCCUUUCAACACCAUGUUGUGUGUUGUUGUAAAUUUGAUACAUCUCUUUAUUUUGAUGCCCUCGUCACCGAAGACUUCGCGGAAGAUAUGCCUUCGGGUUUUUUUCCAUGUAAAAGUCGACAAAAUUUAGUCAUGUCCUCCACAACUUUAUCCGUUAGGAUGACCACCCAGAGGGGCGUAUCAUCGUAGAAAUGGUUUACUGAUGGACAACGUGCCUGCACGAUGAUCUUUGUCCCACCACUUUUCGCAGCUUCUUCCAUUCGUUCUUCAUCAGUUUGGAUAGGUUCCCCGAUGAUCUUCAACGUCGACUCUGGUCCAAGGUCAAAUCUCGUCCGACGUAUGAAGGGCAAGUCUUUGCUGACGCAUAUCUUCAUCGGCACUGCAGAGUAGUCAAACCCAACGAUGUAUGUCGAGAGCGCAGUGAUACU